AUGGCUCCUCGCGCUCUCUCAUGGAUCAGCGUCUCUCUGCUUGUCUUCUUGGCGUCGUGGUCAUGCAUUGCGGCCAGGGGCGGACGGGCGCCCAGAACCGCCGACCCGACUGACGGGUUCACGGCGGUGAGGCUCGGCGAGAGCAACUUCGCGUUGCAGCGCCCGUUCGACGAGGCGAUCGGCUCACGAUACAGCUUCGACGGCACCGUGCGAAGGCUUUGGGUGCUCUCUUCCGACAAGCCCCAUGUCCGCCAGAGCCGAACAAAACCAAGGACUGAGAUCAGGAUGACAGGCUACGACUACAGCUCCGGCGUGUGGCAGUUCGAGGGCUACGGCUACGUCCCAUCCGGCACGACGGGGGUGUGUAUCAUGCAGGUGUUCGGCGCCAGCGACGGGGCCAGCACGUUCAUGCUGCGCGUCUACGAUGGUGCGCUACGCUACUACGCCCGGCAGCUAGUCGAGGACAACAUCUAUAACAGGUGGUUCCGGCUGAACGUGGUCCACGAUGUCAAGGCGUCGACACUCACCGUGUACAUCGACGGCGAGCAGAAGCUGCGUGUCCACGGCCGCGGCGGCCACUCGUACUUCUUCAAGUUCGGCGUGUACGCGCAGAACCACGACUCCAGCCGCAUGGAGUCUCGCUGGAAGCACGUGAGAAUCCUCAAGAAACAUUAG